AAAACAAAAAUAAAAUAAACAAACAAACAAAAAACGAAACCGUGCUGUUUAUAGUCGUACCUUGUGCUUCAACAUUUGUACCCUUCAGCUACUUGAAAUUUCGGUUUCUUUGAUUCUUUGUUUGCUACAGUGAAACGCAGCGAAAUCUGCGCCGGUUCUCUGCUACAAAGCACUGCUCGGAUUUCCAAACUUUUUAUUAUUAUUAGAAGGGGAUUUUUAUCGGAUCGGAUUCGGAGCUCCAUACACAGAGAGAGAGAGAGAGAGAGAGAGAGUGUGUGUGAGUGAAAGAAGGCUCGGAUGUAGAGAGAGAAAGAGAAGGUUCUAGAGAGAGAGAGAGAGAGAGAGAGAGAAGGAGAUGGAGGUGGAAAUGGAAAUGGAAAUGGAGGUUGAGCCAGUGUUUGAGGUUAGUGAAGUGGACUUUGACUAUGAGUUCGAAGCGGCAAUGUACUUCGAUUUGAGUCGAGCAGAGACUCGAGCGGAGGCUUGUGAAGCUGAGCUCUGGUUCGAGUCCGCUAAGGAGUACCCUCCUUCUCCUUUUGUGACAAAGUUAGUUAAGAGAGAGGAUAUUCUGCUGGAAAAUGUGAAUACCUCACCAAAACCAAAGAAUGUGGAAAGUACAAUGGAGUCUGAUGUUGGCGUGGGCCGAGAUUUUUGUGCAUUAGAUGUCAAUUACAAAGAGUGUGAAGGAAUGGAUAGAGGGAUCUUCACUAAAUUACAGAGUGGCAAUCUGCAGAAAUUUCUGAAUCAACCCUUGGAAUUAACUACAGGCAUGACAUAUUACAAUCACCCAUCCACUGACAAGCUAAAAGCUAAAGCAAAGUCUGCUGUCAAACCCUUUUUUCCUAGGAGCUCAACCUUGAUGAAACCUACGGCUAGCCAGUUGGCUAAGCAAAAUCGGCCUGUCCAAGUUAAUGGUUCCAGAUUUCAGUCUCAACUGGCUCAAAACAAGGAGAGGAGCUUACAUUAUUCUUCUGGGGUUGAAACUCAAGCUUCUAAAAGGCAGAAGCUGGAGGGAGGUCACUUGCAUAAGGUUACAGGCACAAACCAGGAAGCCAAUUUGGUCCACAAACCAUCUAAAAAGGAUGAAACAGUUGAUAAAAACUCUGCUCAUGGCAGAAUGAAGAUUACUAUUCCAAGAGAGCCUGAGCUUGAAACAGCUAAUAGGGCCCAAAGGAUAAGGCCUAAGAAUAGUACAGAACUAGAAGAUGUUAAACCAGCUGCACGUAGAUUCAAAGCACGUCCAUUGAACAGAAAAAUUCUUGAGGCCCCUUCAUUGUCACUUCCAAAGAAGAGCAUUCCAAAGUUACCAGAGUUUCAAGAAUUUCACCUAAAGACAUUGGAGAGGGCUAUGCAACACACAUCUUCUUUUACAUCAUCCUCUCUUAAUUGCAACAAUACUGACAAGGGAAUGGACAAACAUCGCACUUCAAUUGUUGCAGGAAAUGGAAACCUGGAGCCCAGAGGACCAAGUACCAUGGAUGUUACAAAGCAGGAUGGAUGUGAUGUAAUGCACAAUUUUAAAGCUCGUCCUCUAAAUAAGAAGAUAUUUUCUAGUAAAGGAGAUAUUGGUGUUUUCCGAAAUAGCAAGCGAGAAGCAACAGUACCAAUGGAAUUCAAUUUCCAUUCUGAGAAAAGGAUUCAGCCUAACCCACCAACAGAACUGUUCAGCAAGCUCUCUCUGAAAGCUGAGCUCCAGCCAAAUAAUGGAUCUCAGCUCAGAUUGCCUCACCCUACCUCUAUGUCUAUGAAGGGCUCAAAAGAAAACAGAUUGAGUUCUUUUCAACCAGAACAUGAGAUACUGCAUCCGAUGAAGGGAAAACCUCCUAUUUUUGGUGGACAGCAGAUUCAAAGUGAUGGCAUCUUUGAAGGUGGUCUGCAGAGUAAGAGGAGCACGGGUAUCCGCUGAGAGCAAAAGAGGAAAGUACCAAGAAUGAUUUUUCUCAUUGCCAGCAGAUUUGAGCUUCUGCUGUUGACGAUGGAAGAUUGAUGAAUGUACAUAGGAAUGUACUGCACAUCAAAGAUUAUCAAGCUCUUUUGCUGUAUAUGGAAUCUUGUUAUCUCACCUUUGAAGAAACUGACGUUCUCACAAAAAUUAUGUUGAAUUAGCUUUUGCUUUUCAUACAGUUUCUAGGUUUUAGUUCAUAAUCCAAUAAAUAUAUUAAAAGGCCGGUGUUGUAUAGGCAAUUUAAGCCACCUCACCCUCAUAGCAUCUUUUUCCACCUUUUUAUGUAGAACCAACACCAAAUGUAAUGAUCAAAGUAAAAAAAUAUAUGAAAUACAGAUGUUCCUCCAAA